AUGGCGAACCUCGUACUCCUCCUCCUGAAACAUCCGCUGAGGACAUUACUCUUCAUACACACAUUCUUCUCCCAGAUCUCGCUCGUGCUUCUACGGCGUCUGCUCCUACCACACUUCCCGGUCUUCCAGUCCCUACGACUCCAGAUCCAGCGAGCAUACCUCGGUGCGGCUGCUCUGACUUUUCCCGACUUGACGCACCGACUCCCCGUGGGGAAUCUGUCUCUGCGACGAGCGCGCCAGGUGGACGAGAAGGUGCCCGCGUACCUCAUCCCGGGGACACGACGGCUUUCCGACUUUGCGCAACCAAAAGACGACGGGAAGAAGCAGAGAUGUGUCGUCUUGUUCGCUCAUGGGGGAGGCUACGCCCGUGGCGAGGCCAGGAUGUAUAUCAACUAUCUGGAACGGUGGGUUGCGGAGUCGGCGAGGAGGGACCUCGAUCUAGCGUUCUACAGCGUCGAAUACCCCCUCACAACCAAAGCGAGCCAUCCAGCACAGAGGAAUGCUUUCAUCCAAGCAUAUCAGUACUUGCUCGACAAUGGCGUCGCGGCCGAGAAUAUCGUAUUCAUGGGGGAUUCUGCUGGAGGUGGACUCUGUAUCCUCGCGGCCUUCGAAGUCAAGCAACUCAAUCUGCCACAACCGGCGGCAACCGUGUUGAUCUCCCCCUGGAUCGACAUGGCCCUGAAGGCCUACGUAGGAGGGAACCCAGCCGUUGAGAGCGACUACUUCGUCAUGGCCAACAAGGCCGUGCCAGCACUGGUCCAGAUGUUUAUCGGGGACCGGCCACCCGAGUCUCCAGAGGUCAAUCCUCUGCAUCGCCAGCCCGAAGAGCUCAGCGGGUUGAGCCCGCAGCUCAUUUUCACCGGCGGCGCCGAGUUCGCGAGAUAUGACUCGGAGCAAUGGGCGCAGAUGUGCCACUCGGCUGGCGUGGAAUCCAAGCUGGUCAUCGAAUGGGGCCAGCUCCAUAUCUAUGCCAUGGGCUCCCAAUGGACCGAUCCUGCGGUGCGAAGAAAGACUGAUGGCCUCAUCAUUGAAUGGUUGAAGAAUCAUGUGGCGACGUGA